AUGCUGGAUGGAGGUGUAUGGCUGCUACUGGUGCUGCUACUGAUGGCUCUCAUCUUCGCAAUUUUGGGCAUGCUCGUUGGGCUUGUGUGCGCCCUGGUUACGACUGCGACCAAGCUCUUUGCCUAUGCUGGGACCAACCUGUGGGAGAGUCUCGAAGAUUACUGUGAGCGAGUCAAUCGCCCUCGCCUCCUCGCCCUAGUCAGCCUAGUCGCUAAGGUCCAAACACCCGACUCGGAGCGGGCCUUACAACUGGACUACGUUCACAGGAAAAAGGCGCUCGUGGCCGAAGCUAGUGCUCUGGUCCAACACCGUUCGGUGCAACGGAACCAGCUCACGCAAGAGUCCCACACAGUCUCGGUUGAACUACGGAAGAACUGGCAGAAGAUUAAAGUGCUGAGCGACGAGUAUCUGAAAGGAGGCACAGGCGUGUCGUCUGCGGGGCGGCUGCUGUAG